AUGAUCACCAAGUACUUCACCAAGGUGGCCGUUAAGUUCGACCCAUUUGCGGCAAGUGCAAAACCGGUUCGCCUAUUCCUUGCUCGGAUUCCUUCUCAACAGCGCAGUGGGUGCGCUGUGGACUUCAAAGUGUUGACCAACAAUGAAAAGCCAAGUGUCACGGUAACAUUCAAAGAUAAACAUGUCAUGACUGCAGACCCAGAGAAAAUGAGCUUCCAGGAUCUCAGCGCUCAUUUUGAUGGGCACUCACGGCAGUUGGCCCUCAAACAAGCAAUUUCGGACUAA